CACUUUUUCACAUGCUGACUUUUUCUGGAAGCUCUUAAUGAAAGGAAAUUUCCUUCUUUUCCCACUAUCACCAUUUUAAUAAUUAUAUAUAUGCACAUAUUAUACACAUCCUAACUCUCAUUUUACAUUACCUUUUAAAAAAACGAGAUGGGGAACAGUAUAGGCAGAGGAAAGAAAGCAAAGGUAAUGAAAAUCGACGGCGAAACGUUCAAAUUAAAAACUCCGGCGACGGCGAGCGACGUCGUCAAGGACUAUCCCGGACAUGUCCUAUUAGAUUCAGAAGCAGUCAAGCAUUUCGGCAUACGAGCAAAGCCAUUAGAAUCCGAACAACUUCUCAGACCAAAGAAAACAUAUUUUCUCGUUGAAUUGCCAAAAUUUCCUCAAGAAAAAGUCGAGCCAAAGAUUACUGCGAGAAGAGUUAGGUCAUCGGGGAUACAACAACUGAAUGCUAAAGAACGGCUCGAGUUUUUGAUGCUCAGUAAACGAUCUGUUUCUGAUCUUUCUGCUGUAACUCCGGCCGAUCAACGGGAUCAUCUUGGGCCUGCUGUUGGGCCUAAUUCGGGUCCUAUUCGGGUUAAAAUUAGGUUACCUAAGUCGCAAGUUGAAAAGUUGAUGGAAGAGAGUAGAGAUGAUGUUGAGGUAGCUGAAAAAUUUGUUGAGUUGUUCAUGGAAAAUUCCGGUGAUCGGAGACAUAUUCAGUGGAAACCGGAGCUUGGUAGUAUCGGAGAGAAUCUUAAGCUGCCAAAGAAGCGGGUGAGUUUCGUACCCAACAACAGUGAGAUUCAGUUAUGUGUAGACUCACAUUAGCACCGAUCAGACGAAGGUGAAAUUCAGUUAGCUAUAGCUUUCCAUUUGCAGCUACAGGAGAAGAAACAAGAACCUUUAUAAAUUUUUUGUUUCUUUUGAUGUUCCUUGUAAUGCAAGAAAUUUUCCUAGUAUUGCAUUAUAUUUUUAUAAUGUAAUUUUCAAAUGGAUUUGUUAGUAGAUGUAUAUAUAUAUAGCUAUAGCCGUUAUUACGUGAA